AUGACUACUGCCAAAUCUAUAAGCAGAGAAUGGCUAUUUGAAGCUAAAAGAAGAAUAGAAGAAGGUGAAUCUUACAAAAGUGUGGGAAAGGAAGUUGAAUUGGAAAAUGGUAAAAUUAAAUUGAAUGUUGCCGAAAAUACAAUAAGAAGAGCAUUUCAACUUCAAGAAAUCGAAUUACCAAAAGUUAGUCGCGGCAGAAAACCAAAUCCACCAACAUUUGAGCAAAAACAAUUAAUUAAUUCUUGUGUUUCACAAUAUAAAGGAUGA